AUGUCGAAUCGCGCACUUGCUCGGGAUAUGCAGGUUGAGUUCCAGGCUCGGUUCCAAGCGAAGCAAGCUCGGCGAGAAGCGCAGAAAGCCGCAAAACAAGAUCCUAUCCUGAAGAAGCAGAUUCAAGAUCUCCUCAAGAAGGGCGAGACAGCAAAAGCAUACCAAAAGGCCAAGAUGCUACUGUCUAAGCAGGCCUUGGCUCAACAAAUGGACCAAAUGGCUGAUAUGGCCGAGCUUUCUGCCGCGCAGAUUCAAGCCAAUAAUUCAAUGAAUCGUAUGACGCACAUGAUGGGCCAGUCGUCUCGUACUAUGUCCGUGGCACAAAAGAACAUGAACCCCGAGAAGACCCUUGUGACCCUUGAGCAAUUCAAGCAGCAGAACGAAGAGUACGCCGUGUCCAACGGCAUCUACCAGGACGCCAUUUCGCAGACUACGAGUGCUCAGGUGUCGGAUGACGCUGUGCACGAGCUAUUGGGCAAACUGGCCGAUGACGCUGGGGUGCAACUCAAUGCUGAACUCAACAGCGCGGCACCAGCCAAGGAGGAACUUGUCUCUGCCGAACCCACUGCAGAGGAGGAAGACGCAUUGCAGCAGAGACUGCGUGCGCUGAGGGCCUGA